ACACAUAUACACACACAUACACACACACACACAAAGACACACUCCUACACACACACAAGGCAGUUGGUGUUAGGUUGUUAAUGUGUACGGGCGUUGUGUCUGCUAAGGAAGUCACGUGUUCUAGAGUCACCAUGUACGCGAUUCCUCUCCUUCUGUGUCUCCUGCGUGUGACUCAGGCUCAGGAUGACAAAGUAGAGGGUGUGACGGAGCCCUCCUGUGACGGCCCGGUGCCUCAGUACCUUAAAAAACCACACACUUACUUCUACCAUCUCGAGGGCAACAGCGACCUGGACACGAUUCUUAGUCUGAAAUUCCCUCUGCCUGAUGAUCACUUCUUCAGGGACAGGUGGAACUGGGAGCUGGAGGAAGGUGAAAAUAUCAUCAGGUGGGUUGAGAGAGAUGGGCCCUCUCAUCCUGACUCCUUGCACAGGAUUGGGUACGGCAUGGGAUGGAAGCAUAGGCCAACAUUCACCAAACCAAUACCUGACGACGUACAAAUGAAGGGCCUCAAGAAUGGAAUAGAGAUGCUCAAACAAACAAAGAAGCUGGAGGAGCUGAUAAAGAAGACAGGCAUCACUCUGAAGGACAUGAGUUCCAAAGUACACCAGUUGAACUUCACCUACACAAAACCACAGGCUAAAAAAUCAGCUGAUGUGGGUUACGUGCUGGAAAACGCCCUUACUGUCAUUGCUGAGGGACUGGAACAAGAAGAGGUGAUAGACAUACAAUUGAUGAACAACACCCGAAUAUGCUCCAUGUUUGAGCAGACCCCCAUACAACUGCCCUGCGAACCCAACAUGCCCUACCGGAGACUUGACGGCUCCUGCAACAACCUGAGGGAGCCUGGGUGGGGGAAGUCCUUUACCCCUUUCCGGAGGAUGUUCCCGCCCGAGUAUGCUGACAAUGUGUCUGAGCCGCGAGGAGGCAAGAAUGGUGACGGCCUCCCUGACGCACGCAAAGUUAGCCUGGCGCUGAAGGAGUUUCCGAGACGUUUCAGCAACUGUUUUAGCGUGUUCCAGAUGUCUUUUGGGCAAUUCAUUGACCAUGAUUUGACUGCCACGCCCACAGCCAAAGACAUGGACGGUAAUCCCCUGACAUGCUGCAAUGAAAAAGUGCUGCAAGACCCGAGUUUGCUUCACCCGGAGUGCUUCCCGCUUAGCAUCGACGUGAAUGACCCCUUCUACUCCGCGUAUGGGAUAACCUGCCUCGAGUUUGUCAGAUCUCUGCCCGCCAGCCGCUGCUUCUUCGCCCCGAGAGAGCAGAUCAACCAACUCACGGCAUACAUUGACGGAUCAGCGGUGUACGGCAGCACAAAGGAACAAUCUGACUCCCUGAGGACGUUCAAAGGCGGCAAACUGAAAACUGUGAUUACCAAGGAGGGACACGAGUUGUUGCCUGAAGCCGAAGGACACCAGGAGGGAUGCAAUACUAAAGAAGAUAUGGAAAAUGGACUAUUCUGCUUCAGGUCUGGCGACGAAAGGGUUAACGAGCACAUUCUCCUUGCGCUGCUAACGACGCUAUUCGCCAGAGAGCACAACAGAAUAGCGAUGGAGCUCUCUCAAUUGCGGCCGGAAUGGAACGACGAGAGACUGUUCCAGGAGACGAAGAGAAUAGUGGCUGCAGAGAUCCAACACAUAGCUUAUAAUGAAUUUCUCUCUGGUUUGCUUGGCCCUCUGCUGGUUCGAGGGUUGGAUCUGAAGCCGCUGCAGGGAGGGGAGUUCUACAAUGGCUACGAUAACAGAAUCAACGCAGGGGUGGCCAAUGAGUUUGCUGCUGCGGCACUUAGACUUGGCCACAGCAUGAUUCCUGAACACUCGUACAGCAAGAACAGCUCUGGCUACUACCAAGCCACGGAGCUGAACGGAGUCGUCUUCCACCCCGCUGACAUGCACAAAAAAAAUGGAAUAGUUAACCUGCUACGUGGCGCCUUCUCUCAGAGCAUAGGCAAGGUGGACCACGCCUUCUCCAACCAGAUCACAGGCCUGUUAUUCAAGCUGGAAAAUGCUACUGGCUUUGACCUGGUUGGUUUAAACAUACAGAGAGGCCGGGAUCAUGGCUUAGCUGACUAUACCGUGGCCAGGAGAGAGUGUGGCUUCCCUGCUAUUAAAAAUUUUGACGACCUAAAGACGAUUUUUGAUGCAGAUGUGGUCACCAUGUUGCGAAAGCUGUACAAGAAAGUGGAAGAUAUUGACCUGUUCGUGGGCGGGAUGGCUGAGAAGGCACUGCCAGGGGGACUGAUCGGGCCUACCUUCGCUUGUAUUCUCUCUGACCAAUUCAUCAGGGCAAAGAGAGGUGAUAGAUUUUGGUAUGAGAACGCAGGACAGGCUGGGAGCUUCACUAAAGCUCAACUAACAACCCUGCACGACGUCUCCCUGGCAAGAGUGAUGUGUGACAACUUCCCUGAAAUUGAGAGAUUGCAAAGAUGGCCCCUGCAGCUGGUGGGGGCGCAGAACCCUGUCAUUUCCUGCGAUUCCCUAUGCCUGCCAAAACUUGACCUAACAGCUUGGAGACCGUAACUACUGUGUCUCUUGAUCGAACAAGUGUCUAAGAAUCUAACAAGUGUCUAACGAUCUAACGAGUCAGUUUUAUAACCCAAGCAGUCAGUCUUACAAUCUAAUGAGUGUGCCUAACAAGUGUCUAAUGACCUAACAAGUAUGUCUAACAAUGGAACAAGUGUCUAAGCAUCUAACAAGUCUGUGUAAAGAUCGAAGUUCAAUUUCAUCCAACAGUCUUACUUGGUCUAACGAACUCACUCAGUCCAACAAUCUCAUUAUUUUAUUAGUGUGACUUUUCAAUGUUAGUUAAAGGCAGAGAUUAAAUAAAAAAAUAAAAAGUC